CAAAGACAGGACAAAAAAUAACAAAGGCCUAGUAAUCAGUCACCACUGAUGACAGCUCUUAAACAACUCAAACAUAUUCCUCAACUUUCUUUUAAAGAAAAGAAGACUCAUACAACUCAGACACAAUGAAAGACUGGCACUGGAUACCCCUUCAAAGAGUGUUCUGCCCCUCACUGGACUACUCGUCCUCUAAGAUGUCCCAGACCACUGUUGCUGAGGAAGGAGGCACCUUUGAUCACCUGUGGAGCUCCCUGGAGCCAGAUAGCACUUAUUUCGAGCUCCCUCCAAACAGCAGGCCCGGUGAACACCCAGUGGCUUCUACCAGCAUCUCCGGGAGUCACUGCAACUCAGCCGAGGUUUCCAUGGAUGUUUAUCACAUGAGAGACACAAAUGACAAUGUAAUGUCCCAGUACAACUUGCUGAGCAGCAGCAUGGAGAGCCUGGGGAGCCGUGCGACGUCCGCCAGCCCCUACAGCUCUGAGAACGCCUCUUCAUCGGCUGUGCCCACCCCUUCACCUUACUCCCAGCCCAACUCUACGUUUGAGGGCCUCUCGCCUGCCCCAGCAAUCCCCUCCAACACCGAUUACCCGGGCCCACACGACUUCCAGGUGUCUUUCCAGCAGUCCAGCACCGCCAAGUCUGCCACAUGGACCUACUCCCCCCUGUUGAAGAAGCUCUACUGUCAGAUUGCCAAAACCUGUCCGAUUCAGAUCAAGCUGGUGUCCUCUCCUCCACAUGGCAGCAUCAUCAGAGCCAUGCCGGUCUACAAAAAGGCAGAGCACGUGACAGAGGUGGUCAAACGAUGCCCCAAUCACGAACUUGGCCGGGACUUUAACGAUGGUCAAACUGCUCCAGCCAAUCACCUGAUCAGAGUGGAGGGAAACAACCUCUGUCAGUAUGUGGAUGAUCCUGUCACCGGCAGACAGAGUGCCUAUGUGCCCUAUGAGACUCCACAGGUGGGGACUGAGUUUACUACCAUCCUUUACAAUUUUAUGUGCAACAGCAGCUGUGUGGGUGGCAUGAACAGGAGACCCAUCCUCAUCAUCAUCACCUUAGAAACCAGAGAUGGCCAGGUGUUGGGCAGAAGGUCGUUUGAGGGUCGGAUAUGUGCGUGUCCUGGCCGGGACCGCAAAGCCGAUGAAGACCACUUUAGGGAACAGCAGGCCCUGAACGAGAGCGUGGCCAAAAAUGGCAGUGCCAAUAAACGCAAUUUUAAACAGAGUCCACCAAAUAUUCCCAAUCCAAAUAUGAACAUGAGGAAGAGGCGACAUGGAGAAGAGGAAAUUUACUAUAUUCCAGUUCGUGGCCGGGAGAACUUUGAGCUGCUGAUGAGGAUUAAAGACAGUUUGGAGCUGGUGGAGCUGGUGCCGCAGCCGCUGAUUGACUCCUACAGACAUCAAACACAGCAGCAGAUGCUGCAGAGACCGAGCAACAUAAACUCGCCCUCUUCCUAUUCUCCAUUGUCAAACAUGAACAAGAUCCAUUCACACGGAGGCCUCAGCAAGCCAUCUGUCAACCAAAUGAUGGGGCAGCAGCCCCAGCAACACGCCAACUCCUCCAUGUCUCACAUGGGUCCAAACAUGCUCAAUAACAGCCACUUGCAGGCUAACGGCGAAAUGAACAGUGGCCACAGCAAUCACAAUAUAGUGUCUGCCUCCCACUGCAGCCCGCCCCCUUCAUAUAACCCUGACCCCAGCCUUGUCAGUUUUCUCACCAGUCUGGGCUGUCAGAACUUCAUUGAGUACUUCACUUCACAGGGUCUCCAGUCUGUUUAUCAUCUCCAAACUCUAUCUAUGGAGGAUUUAGCUGCACUGAAGAUACCGGAACAGUCCCGCCUAGUCAUCUGGCGAGGGCUGCAGGACAUGAAACAAGGUGUUCCCGUCCAGCUUCCUCCUUCUGCUCAUCACCAUGACUAUCACGGCCAGCAGUUGCUCCGCUCCAGCGGCAACAUGGCAGCCUCUGCGAUGGCAGCCAUUGGUUCUAGCGGUGGGGAGCUGCAACGUCAGCGUGUCAUGGAAGCUGUGCACUUUCGAGUCCGCCACACCAUAACGAUCCCCAACAGAUCCGGCGUGGGCACAGCGGGGAUGGCAGCAGCCGCUGAUGAGUGGGCUGACUUUGGCUUCGACAUGCCUGAUUGUAAAGUGUCCCGUAACAAGCACUCCAUUAAGGAGGAAUUCAUGGAAAGUGACGUUCACUGAGAAAGAAAAGCAUCCAGUGAUUGUUUUACUUCUGUCAACAUUGUUCUCCUGGUGAAGCUUUUGUCCUUCAGUGAUUUAUUUUUAGGAAAUCAACCACUAAUUCACUUACAUGUGAUUUUUCAAGUGAGAAAGUUCACUUUGGUUGGAGGUUGAGCUUUCUGCUUGUUUCAUCUGUAGGAUAAAAGCACUAGAAACAAGGCAAACAUGUCAUGACAUUAGCUUUGUUUAUCCCACAAUAUAACAUAUUUUUUAGAAAUCUGUGCAACAAUGCUUCCUUUUAUAAUUUCCUUUUUUUUUACUCUAAAGAAACAAUUCACAUGAUUAAAUUUAUUUCAAAUGUUUCUUUUAGACCCUAUGUUUUUGAAAAAGACUAAAUGUUCUCAAUAGACUAACUUAUUUAUUUUUUUCAGUUUUCCUUAGCUCGUGCGUUUGUACUGUAUAUACUGAAUCUUGUAAAAUCCCUGCAACAAAAGUGUCUAAAAACUAGUUUUUAGAUUUUAAUAAUAUGACUGUUGCUUUAACCAAAUGUUUAGAACUGAAUAGUAAGGCGGACUGAGAAAUACAAGAACACUGUCCUGUAUUAAAAGCUGCGAUGAGUUGAGGACCACUGGUUCUGUAUAUUUUUCUCCAUUUACCUAAUGUUUUGUGGGAUUUGGCAUUAAUAAUGUGUAUGUUAACCUGUUUUAUAAAUAGCAUUGAUAUUGCUUAGUCUUUUCAAAAAGUUGUAGGAUAUAUAGUGUUAAUUCUUGUAUUGUGACAAAACAAAAGAUUUCAAACAGUGUUAUUGUGAAAGCAGGAAUUCAGGUGGUUUUAUAAAUAAGAAAUGAAAAUGUCUCCCUCCCAAAAAAAAACAACUUUUUUUUGUCUUUCUUUGAAUGUUUUUCAAAAACUGCAAAGUUUUUGAAACCCUUUAUAUCAAGCUAACAGCUAAUAUUGUACCAUGAUACUUGUUUGUGGAUUUUUCACAACAUUCCAAUUUAUUGUUUAGAUUGCCAAAAAGCUGAAUGUUCAAGUGUUCUGUCAAGCUGGUUUGUUGAACUUGUUUUGUAGUUUCACCCAUUUUUUCCCUGCUUCUUGUCUAACAUCAGCUGAAAAAGACUGAAACUCUUUGCAACCAACUUUUAGAGUCAUUUUAAAGGUAAUUUCCUGAAAACAUGGUACAAACCAUUUUCCAUUUACAGGUUGGAGAAUAGGCACUUUAAAUGAUUUAAAGGUUAACUUAAUAGGAAUAUCAGUAUUAUGCAUUUUCAAAAUGUAAAUAUCAAUGUUUUUUAGUGUAUAAUGUAAUUUCUUUCCCCUUUUUUAUCUUCCAUUUUGUUAAAUGAUGUAAAAUGGAUCUAUUGUUGUGCAUCAAUGCUUCAUGUGUUGAGUAGUGUUUUUGCUCUUUAACCUUAGAUUUCUUCAACAUUUUUUCUUAAUUCAGUUUCUUUUCAUCAAAACAAUAAAGGGGUUUUAACUCA